UGUUGUUGACAUGGGCCACAUUAAACAUUUAGAUGCUAUAUGAGAACGGUGACAGUAAGAAAGAGAAACUGAGAGAGUGUGUGUGUUCACUGCCGAUCCGGGAGCUCAGAUAAAGCCAACAGUGUGUCCAAUCUGAAACAGGUUUUCCCACAAUAGGAAGUCUCCACCCCAUCCUGGUUGGACUUUAAAAGCCCAGCCUCUCCACACAGAGAGAGACACCCGUCGUGCUCAGGUCUGCCCAGCUGUUCUCAUCUGAAACAUCAGUUCAGCUUCUCUCGUCACUACCCAACGAUGAGUCUGAGAAACAAACGCAUCAGUUCCAGCAGCUCCGUGAGGAUGGGAGGUUUCGGCUACAGCAGUUUAAGUGGGAUCUCACUGGGAGCAUCUGCUCCAAGUUUCAGCACCAGCUCGGCAUAUUUGGGGCCUCCAAUGGCCAGUGUCUCCGUCAACAAGAGCCUUCUGGCGCCUCUCAACCUGGAGAUCGACCCCAACAUCCAGAUGGUGCGCACUAAAGAGAAGGACCAGAUCAAGUCCCUGAACAACCGCUUCGCCACCUUCAUUGAUAAGGUGCGCUUCCUGGAGCAGCAGAACAAGAUGCUGGAGACCAAGUGGGAGCUGCUGCACAACCAGAGCCCGGGUCGGUCCAACGUCGAGCCCAUGUUUGAGGCGUACAUGGCCAACCUGCGCAGACAGAUGGACGUGGUCAACAACGACAGGACCAAGCUGGACGGAGAGCUGAGGAACAUGCAGGGUCUGGUGGAGGACUUCAAACACAAAUAUGAAGAUGAGAUCAACAAGAGGAACAACCUGGAGAACGACUUUGUGAUUCUGAAAAAGGAUGUAGACUCUGCGUAUCUGGUGAAAGCUGAUUUGGAGGAUAAAGUUGGUGCCCUGACUGAUGAGAUCAACUUCCUGAGGACCCUCUACGAUGAGGAAUUGCGUGAGCUGCAGGCCAGCAUUAAAGACACGUCCGUCGUCGUGCAGAUGGACAACUCGCGAAACCUCAACAUGGAUCAUAUCGUGGCCGAAGUCAAGGCUCAGUACGAGGAUAUCGCAGCCAGGAGCCGUGAAGAGGCCGAAUCCUGGUACAAGUCCAAGUUUGAUCAGAUGUCCUCUCAGGCGAGUCAGUACAACGACGAACUGCGAAACACUAAAGGAGAGAUCGCAGAUAUCAACCGCAUGAUCAGCCGUCUGCAGAGCGAGAUCGAGGUUAUCAAAUCGCAGCGUGCGAACCUGGAGAACCAGAUAGCGGAGGCCGAGGAUCGUGGCGAGAUGAGUGUGAAGGAGGCCAAAGGUCGUAUCAAGGAUUUGGAGGAGGCACUACAGAGAGCCAAGCAGGACAUGGCCCGCCAGCUCCGCGAGUACCAGGAGCUCAUGAAUGUCAAGUUGGCGCUGGACAUCGAGAUCGCCACCUAUAGGAAGCUUCUGGAAGGAGAGGAGGACAGAAUUGGGCAGCAGUCCAUUGUGAACAUCCAGGCUGUUUCCAACUACAGUUCCAAAGGGGCGAAUGGUUUUCAGCAGAACAGCUCUCCAUCACCUAAAAUCCUGAUCAAGACUACUGAAACCCGAAACAGCACCAGAUUCAGCACUCACUGAAGUGUUAACCAUACUCAAAUAUGCUAUACUAUACCUAAGACAGUUAACCUGAAAUAUAGAAGUAGUUUUCUUUUGUCUUUCUGUGAAUCGAGAGUAAUCUGCAAUGAUUUUUUUCUGAAAUAACAAAGACCUUGUGUGUGAUUCAAAUAUAUUAUAAACAUAUAUAUUCAAUAUUAAAAAAACAAAUAGUAAAUGACUAUAUAAUGUGAAAUUGUGGAAUGAUUAAUUCUAUAUAAUUAAAUGCUUUUAUUAUUCAAUGAGAUAAAGCCUGUAAAUGUG